AUGGCGACACAGGAAGAGCAGUUGGGUCAAAUCCUUGCGCUGCUCGAUGAGAAAUCCAAGGGGAUCAACGAACUCAAAAGUUCUAUGUCGGAGAUGCGGGCUCUGAAGACGGAGAUCGCUACUUGGAAGCCUCAAGUUGACAACCGCGUCAACGAAUUGGAGCAUGCAGUACUCGAUCUCGGCGAGCGGGUGGAGCGCGCGCUGGGAGUCCUCCUUCCUCCUUCCGAGCUGGUGGUGGAGGCUUCUCCGGGUUCCGUCACCAUUGCCCAACCCUCUCCAUCGACUGGCCGGGAAGAAAUCUCUGCUUCCCCGGGCGAGAAGGUACUGGGCUCUACUCAUCUAGAGCCGACUCUGAAAGGAGCAGCAUCUGGGUCGUUAGACCACGGCAAGGGAUCUACCCACCGAGGUGCUAGCUUCGGGGCGGUGUACACCGUCGCCCCGAACCCAACCCCAGUCACAGGUGCGAUGAAGCUUCCAAAAACUCCUCCUAUUGCUUAUAAUUUGGAUGAUUCUGUGCCCCGUGAUUGGUUGAUUUACACACCUGUUCAUCCUCCCAUACCCAGUAUAGAGUUCCUUACCUUUGAUGGUUCUAACCCUCGGUUGUGGAUCAAAAAUUGUGAGACCUUCUUUGAACUAUAUGCUACUGAUCCUAGGAUUUGGGUUCAGUGUGCAUCCAUGCGCUUCAUUAGCUCUGCUGCUCUCUGGUACCAAACCGUGCAAGCCACCCUUAGUGCCAUGAAUUGGGAAAACUUUUUGUUUGCACUGUUUGCAAUAGGUUUGAUAAAGACGAGCACAACCAUCUACUUAGACAAUUCUUUCACAUCAAACAAGUGUCCACAAGUCUCUGAUUACGUUGAGCAGUUUAGUGACUUAGUACACCAACUGUUAGCCCAUGACCCAUCUUUUCCUCAAACUGCCAUUACAAAUCGUUUUGUUGAUGGUUUAAAGAAAGAUAUUCGUGCAGUUGUUAUGAUGCACAGGCCUCAAGAUCUAGAUAUUGCUAGCUCCUUGGCCUUUUUGCAGGAAGAAGCUGUGCAUGAUCAAUUCUCCGGAAGAACUGAAUUUGGGCCUUAUUCUAAGAAACACUCUUUUGAAGUUGUGAAGCAAUCAUCUGUAAUUGCUCCAAGUCCUAUUAGAAUAGUGGAUGACAAGAAAGUUGCUGAUGCACUUAAGCCGAAGACUGGGGAUGACUAG